UGCGCAGAACCUACAUUACAGUCUUCCUUACACACAACCGAAGAGACACUGGGUCACUAUGCGGUUCUGCAUACUCUUCUUCAUCGUCCUCCUGGGCUUCCUCUCCCUCACACUGGCACAAGGCUCGUAUGAGGACUGCUGUUUGCAGUAUGUCAGAAAUUUCAAACCUUCCAUGUGGAAGAGAGUGACCAGUUACAGAAAACAAGAGCUGGACGGAGGCUGCAACAUUCGGGCGAUCGUCUUCACGUUGAAAUACGGCCGUAUGUUCUGUGGCAAUCCCAGAGAGAAAUGGGUGCAAGAACUGAUGCACAGGGCGGAUAGAGUGUCGGACGGCUCUGUUAUGAAGAGGAAGUUUUCAAGGGGCAAAACACACCAGUGACGGCCGAGAGAGGACCCGAGGGAAAGCUGCCAAUCUGAGAGCAUCUCCGCAAAUCACAUUGUUUCUUCGAGUGCUGUGGCUCCUCCCAUUGUCUUUAUAAAGCUUCAAGUAUUGGGUCCAUGAGCCCACAUUAUUUCUGUACGGACUGACUGAAGUCCGCAGCAUUCCCUGUGAACUGUCCUGGCAUCUCCUACUGGUUUAAUGCUCAGAAUGGGAAUAUUAAUUAUUGCCACUUUUCAAGCUGCUCUCACCCUCAGUUCAAGCCUCUGUUCCAAAACCUAGUGAGCUCUCUUGCUGUAUGCCGUCUACGUAGGCUGCGACCUAUUAAGGCAGCAUCAUAACUGAAAUGGAACCUUUAAGCGACUUAUUUGGGAUGCUCUACAUAGGCGGCGAUGAGCAUGGGAAACUGGAAAUUGAUUAAGGUAAAAAAACAACAUCAACUUUUAAAAGUGCAAGAACACGUUUGGUCUGAAUGGCCCAUAAACGGCAUGCUCACCUUUUUGGAACUGCCUACAAAGGGCACUGUGAUGCCUUAAAAUGCUGCCUACGUAGGCAGCUCACUAGAUUUUGGAACAGAUCUUCUACGCAUGGGUUGUGUGAUUUAAGCUAUUGCAGCAUGAACUUUCUCUUUGCACACAUUUACUGCUUCCUGCCAGUAUCUACGGUAUAAUAAUCAGUCAGCGUGAUAAAAUUGUCAAAUAUUAGCCAUACAUAUGGGUGGGAAAGUUUAGCGAGCAAACCAAAAAUAAUCUAUUUCCUUGUGAGUUUCUGCUGAUGCACGUGAUUUCUGAGUUUGUAUGAUACGAUAACACCGUGUAAAUUAAGCUUAAUGAGUGAUUAUUUUCUACUUGAUUACAAAAUGUAUAUUCACCGAUCUCAUUUAUAUUCAUGGAUGUCAAAGGUUUAUAUUCCCAAAAAAUAUCUAAAACUUUAUUGAGCUUUCGUAAUGUACGUUUGGUGUAUUUGUUCUGGAAAAAUACUUUAGUGUCACUUUAACUGCGAGAAUGUGACUUUAUAAAGGAACUGUUGCAGUGACUUUUAUUGAUUGGCUGUUUUGCAACUGGGUCAUAAGAUCUUUCUUGGCUGUCCCAUAUCAGAUAAAGAAUUUACUUAUAUAUGGAAAAAUAAAAUGUAUAACACA